GGUUGGUGGUGUGAGUGGAGAGAGAGACAGAGAGAGAGAGAGAGUGGCUGACUCGGUCUGACCAGCGGAGCGAGUGAGUCGACGGUGCGGUGACAGCAGCAUCUGCCCCGGCCUCUGGGUGACACGGCUCCGCGUGAGAGGGGGGGGGGGAAGAGAGAGAGAGAGAAUGAGAAGAGAGGAUUUAGUUUGUUCAGAGAAGAAGGAGAGACAAGAGGAAGAGGAAGGUGAAGAAGAAGAAGAAGCAGCAGAGAGGAAGUCUCUCCAAACGAUUUUGACAUGAAGAAGGACAUAGACACACUGAUAGCUGAGGAACGUGCUGAAAUCAUCUCUAAAUAUGAAAAGGGCAGGCAGGAGGGUGUCAAAAUUGACCCAUGGGAGGAAGGCGACUACAGCAUUUGUAAGAUCACAGACCGUUUCGGCUUCCUGCAUGAGGAAGAACUGCCAACACCCAGUGUGCUUGAAGAGAAGCAAAAGCACCAGGAGAUGGAGCGAGUGGACAAAUGGCUGAAGAUGGUGAAGAACUGGGAAAAGUACAGGAACAGUGAAAAGCUGACGAAGCGCGUAUAUAAAGGCAUCCCUCUGCAGCUGAGAGGCCAGGCAUGGGCCUUGCUUUUGGACAUAGAGAAAGUCAAAGAGGACAACAAGGGAAAAUAUGAGAAAAUGAAGCUGCAGGCUCGUAACUUCUCCACAGAGAUCAAGCAGAUAGACUUAGACGUCAACAGAACGUUUAGGAACCACAUCAUGUUCAUGGACCGCUUCGGAGUCAAGCAGCAAGCGCUCUUUCACGUACUAGCUGCUUACUCUGUCUACAAUACGGAGGUGAGCUACUGCCAGGGGAUGAGUCAGAUCGCUGCCAUCUUACUCAUGUAUCUGAACGAGGAGGAUGCCUUCUGGGCUCUGUCCCAGCUUCUAACUAACAGCAAGCAUGCCAUGCAUGGGUUCUUCAUCCCGGGAUUUCCCAAGCUGCACCGUUUCCAGGCCCACCAUGAUCUUAUCCUCUCCAAAAUGCUGCCAAAGCUGAAGAAACACCUGGACAAGGAGCAGAUGACAACAGGGAUUUACACCACCAAAUGGUUCCUACAGUGCUUCAUCGACAGAACCCCCUUCACCCUCACCUUGCGUUUGUGGGACAUUUUCGUAUUGGAGGGGGAGAAGACGCUGACCGCCAUGGCGUACACAACCCUCAAGUUACACAAGAAGCGUCUGCAGAAGUGCCAGUUAGAGGACUUGAGGGAGUUUCUCCAGGAGCAGCUGGCUGCUUCUUACUUCCUGCCUGAUGAUGUGGUGGUUGAGCAGUUACAGGCAGCUAUGUCAGAGCUACGCAGUAAAAAGUUGGACCAGUCUCCUCCAGCCAAGCCAGACGAGCUACCAAAGAAACCUCUGGGUCAAGAGAGACCUGUUCUCCUACUGCCGCUGCAGCCUGACUCUCCUGUGGAGGUCAAAAUAAAUCUGCAGCCCCACAGCCAGCCAGAUACAGAGAGCCAGCAAUCAGACAGCAACACCAUAGACCAGAACUCUUGUCCUGCAGAAGCCCCGGGUUCAAGAAGCCUCUCCGGGACAAACACACCUUCAUUGCCUUCACCAGAUCCAGUUGUAGUGCACACACAAAGAACACCUUCUCCUUGCAGAGCACCUCCUUUACCUCCAAAAGCAAACAAACCCUGUCCUGUGGUUGGGUUGGACAGAGAUGUGAAGGAGACGCUCCAAGAGGGCAGACAAACUGAAGACGGGGGAGAACCAGAGAGUGCGCCUGGAGAUCUGGAGACGCCGGAAGAGCCGAUGGAGUGGCCUCCACCUUAUAUACCUCCUCCUCUGGACACUCCUACCAUGCAGACUGAGGAGGAGAUCAUGGACCUUCCGGAUCUGCCUCCUCCACCUUUCUUUUACACUGAGCAGAUUGACGAAAGGCGCCUGGAUUGUGAAUCUCCCCGUCCAGGGAGUAGGACCGGACCAGAGACCCAGUGCCACCCUGCCUCUCCGUGCUCAGCCUCACCGCUGGUCACUCAAAGGAAGCUGCCUCCGAAACCACCCGUGUCUCUUGAUGUCACAAAGAAAAAACCUCCUCCUCCACCAAAGCCUUACCUUCCCUGUGCCCUCACCUCCUCUCCCAGACUUCCUCCGCCAAAGCCAACCAAGUUCCCAGUCUCUCUCUACGUCCCGGCGCCUGCGGGCAGCAGGCGACCAUCCAACACCUCCCAAUACGACAACCUUUCUGAGGUCGAUGAGGAUGACCGCUACCUGGAGCGGCUGCUGGGCUCCACUCCUGAGGAAAUUCCCAGCAUGCACAGCAAUCCUCAGCGCACAAUCAAUAGAGAUUACGACCCAGCUCUAAACCCUUUGCCUCCGCCUCCUCUCUUCAUCCCUCCUUCCCCUUCUCCCACUCCUCCCUCGCUGUGCGCUCUCCCCAGUUUGCCACAGGAGCCUGAAUAUGAAGGAGAGGACAGCUGGGUGGAGGACUCCAUCCCCCCCCCUCCUCCACCUAGUUUUGCAGACAGACUCAGUCCCCUCCAGUGUAGCGCUGCCAGCUGUUCUGACACACACAGAGCCACCUCGCCCAGUUACUCGAAGCCCUUCUCUCGGGGCCCCAGGGACCGUUCUGCCUUCCCAGCUCCUCUCUUAUACACCAGGUCUCCCCCAGGCAUCUCCAGGUCCUCAGGACAGUCUGCAGUAGGCGUCCCGUUGGUUCGAUCCAGCCCAGACUUUUGCAGGAUGCCCCCUGGUGGACAGCCGCUGCCCAAAUCAGUGACAUUUUGAAAGUGUCAGUCAAGCGUUACUGGUCGUAACUGAAUGAUUCAGACUCUGUAAAUGCUCGAUUCCUUUUCAACGCCCUGUAAGAGGUGAAAGGCCAGUACUCAGUGUUUGUGUGUGUGCAUGUGUGUCUGAAAGGACUUUUUUUCAUUGAUAUGUACAGAUUUCUGUGAUACUUGCACCUUUUGUAUUCGUAGUUAACUUUUCUAAGUUGUCAAACUUGUAUUUAAAACUGCUGUCUGUUUUACUGUGCGCUGCACAAAAAAAGGAAAGCGAGCGUAUUAAGUCGUCAGCGUGUGAAAGCACAUUUGUUUUUCAAUUCGAUGGAAGUUCAAGAGAAAUUCACACAGAAAUAACACAGGGGAUCUAAUUUCAGCUGCGUGUUUCAGCUUAAGUCAAUGUCCUUUUUUCUUCCCCAACAAAGUGUCUUAACCUGACCACAGUGCACUGAUGGCAGCGACUCUAAACUCACGGGCUUGUGAGGCUGUAGCGUGACGUCACCUUUGCUGAAGCACCCAAAGCCUAAACGUUUAUACGGCAUUAUUGUGGUGAACAGUGAGCAGGCUCACACGUCUUGGGUCUAUUUCGAACUAUUCUGAGACGCUGUUUCUUUAUUACAUCGUCAGGUCAAAGGACCACAAAACCAGUUUCUAUGGGAGCUUUUAAAAUGACGACUAAAGCAGCAGCAGAGACAUGGUGCAAUAUGUCACUGGUAUAAAUACUUGGAGGGGGGGGGGGGUUCAGGUAGGUAGCGGCGGGUACUUUGUGGGUAUUUCUCUGCUUUUGAUAAGUUAAAGAUAGUAUUGUCGGGAUGUUACAUCAGUUUGUCAGAUACUUGAGUUCACAGCAAUAAUGCACUGUUACAUGUUGUCGAGGUGAAGACGGAAAUGAGACCAGAAUGCUUCAUUGUAUAUCGUCAGUGCACACUGGUUUUAAAGUAAUCAAAGACAGAGAUUUAUGAAGAGUAGCUCCCUCUAGUGGUUGGAAGUGUUGCAGCUGGACUCUGGUUCUAAAUUGAUGACAUGCUUGUGGGGAAAGUCGUCCUGUCCGUGGUGUGACUCCCACCGAUAACGCCCGUUUAUGAAUGUGCACGGAGCAUAGGCUGUUUAUAAAUCUUCAUAUAUUGUCUGUGGGAGUAAACUAGACUGAAGGAAACGAGGCUCCAUAUCACGCUGUUCUGAAGUGUCAGAGAAUUUAAUGAAUCAAAGCUACGUUUCUUCACAUGCAGCCAUAAUUCAGAGCCAUUGCAGUAACUAUGUUGGUUUGUUUAAAUCGUGCAGAGCAAAUGUUAAGGAAUGGAAGUUGAGCCAUAUACAAUAUAAGGACCUGACAGUAAAACUUGUUUCAUAUUGUUUUGUUUAAUUAUACUGUAUAUUACAUUAUUUACAGCCUCAACAUGUUGUUUUUUUUGCACUGACCUUUUUUAUUUCCAGGUUUUGCAGUUCUUUGUAAUCAACUGUUGUUUUCUAACAGAAUUUCAGGUUUAACACAAAAAUCAUUAAUCAAUUUAGCCGGAAAUGUUAACGGAUGUUUCAUGGUUUGUUCAUGAACUUUGGCCUGACGGCUGGGAUUCAGACCCAAGAGCUCAGACCACUGCUCCUUUUAUGGUCCUGCGAGACAUCAGGGCUCAGACCAAAGCUUGUGUACAUUUAUGCAUCUACAUGUUUUGACUUUUAUAAAGAGAUAAAUCCAGA